UUAAACUCCUUAUGCAUCUCAACCUUUUGGAUAACUCUGCCAGAUACAACUUUCUACCUGGACUGAMCUGACGUGGGUACCCAACAUGCACAACAGCACUGCCCAAACUCCGCACGCGGCUGCAGCGCGUAACCACACUUGGCCCACGCAGUCRGCGAGCUCCGAGUUCUCCCUGGGYGUCUUGGUGCUGCUGGCUUUCCUCAUGGUGCUGCUGUCUCUGGUGACCAUCCUUGGGAACAUCCUGGUGAUCCUUGCCUUCAUUCUGGACAGAAACCUCAGGCAUCCGAGCAACUACUUCUUUCUGAAUCUUGCAGUUUCUGACUUUGCAGUGGGUGUGUUCUGUAUGCCCUUGUACAUCCCUUAUGCCCUGACAGGGACAUGGCACUUGGGAAGAAGCCUGUGCAAGAUCUGGCUUGUUGUGGACUAUCUCGUGUGCACAGCUUCAGUGUUCAACAUCGUCCUUAUCAGCUAUGACCGCUUCCUGUCAGUUACAAAAGCUSUGUCGUACAGAGCCCAGCAGGGAAUAAUGUCCAGCCCCGCCAUCAAGAUGGUGGCCAUCUGGGUCUUUGCCUUCCUCCUCUACUGCCCAGCCAUCCUGUUUUGGGAGCACGUGGCYGGACACAGYGUGGUAGCRGCWGAUCAGUGCUACGCYGAGUUYUUGCACAACUGGUACUUCCUCCUGUGUGCAUCYGCCCUGGAGUUCUUUGUGCCGCUGCUCUUGGUGACCUAUUUCAACAUGCACAUCUUCCACAACAUCCAGCGGCGCCAGCGGCGUGGCAGCACACGGGACUGUGAGCCUGCCAGGGCCAGCAGCCUGUCCUGGAGGUUCUGUGGCUUGCCAAGGCCAGGGGCAUCAUCUCCUUCGUCGGAAGCAGAGGACAGUGUUUCAUCCCUGACGAGGUCAUGGAGACCAGCAGUGAUGGCGAAUGGUCCAUCUCGAACAGAAAUCAGUUCURCAGCUCUCAAAAGGAACUUUUCUGCUUCUUUCUGUUCAAGGACUGGGUCAAAACUGCAGCGGGACAAGAAGAUAGCRAAGUCUCUGGCCAYAAUUGUAUGUGUGUUUGCCAUUUGCUGGGCCCCAUACUCUUUACUGAUGAUUAUUCGUGGGGUCUGCCAAGGAAAAUGCAUCCCUAACCCCUUGUAUGAAGCAACCUUUUGGCUUUUGUGGAUCAAUUCCUCUCUGAAUCCAUUUCUUUACCCUCUUUGUCAUAUGAGGUUUAGAAUGGCUUUUCUGAAAAUAUUAUGUCCCAAACGGUUUGCAACAUUGAGAUCUGGUAACACGCCUUCUUUUUAGAAAGGUCAAAUAAAUGUUUUACAGAUAAAGUUCCUCUGUUAUUUAGUGACAUCUUUUCAUAUGUAUCUUGAGCAUAAACAGAGGAAAAAGAAAUUUGUUUACUAAUGACGUUGGGUGAAGGUGCAGCAGUUAUGUAUUUGCCCUGAUAUUGCUAAUUUUCAAGAUCUUGUUUUGGUUUUGCUGGUAUGAUGCCAGGYUAGUUACCAUCUAGUGCAUUUAAAAGAAUAACAAGUUUUGCUGGAUAUCUUCUUUGGUUUGUGGGUGUGAGAUACAUUUUUUUCCUUCUUUUUUUUCUUUUUCCUUUGUUUAAUACAUAGAACUGGCACUGUGGAAAAGCUCUUCUAUCACUCUCUCUGUAAGGAUUCACUGGAGGGAGAUACCUGCUCAUGGAUGUCUUGAAAAAUUUUAUGUCCUAUUUGUGAACCUAAAGAUCAGUGAAGAGGCAAUUCUGCUACAUUUUUGAAAGGUUGUAGAAAUACUCACAGAAGCAGUAUAUUUUCAUUCUAUAAACUAUUAUCCAGACCAAAGAGUGCCCUGUACUUGUUAUAAUCCCCACAGUGAGCAAUAUGCAAGUGAAUGGGCUGCCUAAUCUGCCAGAUCUGUCUUUUUCAAAUUUUAAUGUAGUUCAUACCUGGCAUUGCAGGACACCGUACCUGUAAGUUAGUAAUCCCGAAUGAUUUUCAGAGAAUGAAGUUUUCCAUGGUAAGAGAAUUUUGAGAUGGGUUAUCAAAAUUGUCACAGACAGAAAUGGUUGUUAGUCCUUUCACUGUUUUUUUCCCCUGAAAAUGGCUGCCUCUUUGGUCAAGCUUAAAUGUUAUUUAGUGCCAGAUCUGUGCACUAUGUGAUUGCCUGAAAGAUAGGCCAGGCUUGGGCACAUGAUCACAUUCCUGUUGAAUUAGCAGAGCAAGCAAGGCUAAGUUCAUACUGGAUUUAUGGUUUUGGCUGGCUGUGCGAGAAUAGACAAUAGCCCCUCUGGUGUAAAGCUUUGCAAGUGCAAAGAUAUUCCAUCAAAAUGUCUGGAACAAAUUUGAUCUGACAGAGUGAUUUUUAUACUAGAUCAGUUCUUUGUGUCCUGUUACUGUGACAUUACAUGGAUUUUCUCUGCCACAGAAUAAGUAUCAAACUGGAUUUUUUUCUAUCAGGGAAUAAGGGGUGUAUUCACUGCUUGAGAAUGGGAUUUACAGAGGUCUGGAAGCUGACACAGAGAUGUCUUAACCAACUUUUAACAAACAAAGCAGUUGAAGGUGCAAUGCUGAAAGGAGUGUGUAGAUGUAUUGGAGAAGGCAAUGGAUUUGUUUACAACCCAUUCCAUGUGCCAAACUUUCUUACCAUGUGUYGACUGUUGCAAAUCACCCAGAAGGCUUUCAUGGAUGGGUAAGUGAGAGUCACUGGCUACAUCUUUUUUUCUCUCUUUUUAUGUAAUUUUAUUCCUCUUUGGUUGUAAAUAUAAAAAGAUACAAAAUGUGGAAAGAGAARUCUGAUGCACAGGACAACGAAGAGCAGUAGUCAAUUUAAAUAGUUUUUAAUCUAAUUUGAAAUUGGCUAUAGAAGUGUUGCCAUAACAGAGUACUCCUUUGCAAACACAAUUCAAAUGCAUGGAAGCAGCUUAAUUGUGGCACAAAAGCUGAUGGCUUUGAGGAGCUAGAAUGUCUUUCUGUUCAGAGGUCUGGAACUGAAUGUUUCUCUGGCCAGUUUUCACACUGGUGGAAAAUUAUCUUUCACCAUUCAUUCUCGCUAUGCAUCCUUGCCUCAUAUGGAUUGUGUUGUGGAUUGCGAGCCUGAUAGCUAAGAGGGAUGCAGCUUCAGGAGGAAGGCAUGGAUUCAGCACAGAUGUUUUUACUGUCAUGAGCUGUGAUGCUGSCAUAGAUUUUGUGGGGUUUGUUUUCUGUGAUGCUUAGAAAAUCUGAAUGCACACACAGAGUUAAAACAUUUAUAGAAUAGCUGGUGUACUAAACAUCUCUUAAACAGAGAAACUCAAGAUAGGCCCAAGAUAGAAAUAUGCUUGAGUUAUCUGCUUUUUUAUUCCUGUGCUUUUGGUGGAAAAAUUCAGUUUACCUUUUGUGCCUAAAGAAUGUCCUUCUGGAAAUAGAAUGAAAAAAAGCCCUACAAAAUUAUUAACUAGAUAAACUGAGUCCACAUUUURCAGUGCUGGAAAACUAGUUUGUCAGGCAGCAUUAUCUGCAGCAAAUUUGAAACAACAGAGCRUGGUGAAGCCACUAGAGAUCAGUGUUUUUUAGUUUCUGUAUUAUACACACAGUGUUCUCACCACUGUUUCCUCAUGCCACUCCUGUCUAUUAGAAAAAUGUGUUAUAUUUUUCUAAUUGCUGAAAAUUUUGCUUAGUGCUCUCAGGGUAAGUCAAGCACUGGGUUGCUGUGCCCACAGCUUUAAUGUGUCUUGGUCAAGGUGGCAUCGUAAAUCUUCUCUCUUGUAAAUAGUUUUUUAGGAUUAUGGUAAGAUACUCAGCAUUCAGUCGUAUGCCCUGACUCAAAUGGAUUUUGCUUUCCAAAGGGUUUUCUAACCCAUGUCUCUCUAUCUGUCACUCGUCCAUUUCAACAUUUCAUAUCCUUGAAUUUUUUCCGUCUUUGCAGAAGUUCAAUAGGCAUUGUAAAUACAUGUUGACAGCAGGCAUAURAUUUUGUGGGCUUCAACUCAAACCACACCAGUGUUUUUAUCACCUGGCCUCUCAGGUUUUAAAAAACCCCGGCAAAUAAAACACAC